UGCUCCGACGUUUUGCCAGCACUAGUAGAAAUACAAAUUUCGGUAGAAAUACAAACUUAAAUCAAUACAGUUCCCCGGAAUAAAUGCACAACGGUCACGGUUACGCCGAGAGAAAAUGCAGUGCUAAUUUAGCGUAAGCGUCACAGCAACGCAGUUAAUAAAGUGCAAAGAAAAAUUUUCGGGUGCCAAAGAAUCUACACACACCAGCGCACACACACUGUUAAAUCCUAAAAAGCCGGCUCAGCAGGAGGCGAGAAACGUUUUCCAAACGCAUCACAUGUAAAUGAGAUGCCGUCGCAUCGGCAGCAGCAGCAAGCAAAACCACGCCGACAUCGUCAUCGAUGCCACCAGGAACAUCAGGAGCGCCAGCAUCUGAUUAUUGAGUGAAAAGAGUGCAGUGUGUAGUGUAGAGAGUGGAGAGUAGUGCGCCAAGAGUGGAAAAUCGGUCCGUUCGAGAAUUGAUAAGUUGAUUAGAGGAAAGUAGCAGCAACACAGGAGACAACGCACUGAUCUAGCGGAGGCGGGAGGCGAGGCACACGCCGGGUAUCCAAGAUGAAGCGACGCAACGCGGACUGUGGCAAGCUGCGACGGCCGAUGAAGCGCAACAAAAUCACAGAGGGCAUGUACGGCAGCACAACUGUCCUGUACAUGAAGUUUUUGAUACUUUGGGCCAUUGUAAUGGUUGCCGAUUUCAUGUUCAUGUUCCGCUUUGAGUUCUUGUGGCCAUUCUGGCUACUCCUCCGCUCCGUGCACGAUUCCUUCAAGUACAAGGGCCUGGCAUUUUCCGUGCUGUUCGUGUGCAUAGCGAUAACGUCGGAUCUGGUCUGUUUGUUCUUCAUACCCGUUCACUGGCUGCUCUUCGUGGCCAGCACCUAUGUCUGGGUGCAAUACGUCUGGCAUACAGAUAAGGGCAUCUGUUUGCCGACCAUAAUACUCUGGAUGUUGUUUGUCUAUCUCGAGGUUGGCAUUCGAUGGAAGGACAGUCGCCACAUGCCGCACUUGGAUCUCUGCCGGCCGUUCGCAGCGCAUUGCAUUGGCUAUCCGGUUGUCACACUCGGAUUUGGCUUCAAAAGCUAUGUGGGCUACCGCAUGCGUCAACGCAAGCAGCGAGAGGUGGCCAAGGACAACGAGUUUUACAUGCAGUUAUUGCAGCAGGCGCUUCCCGCCGAAGAGGCCACUGAGGAGGCGACAACAGCGGGAGCGCCAACACCAUCCAGCACCGUCGUGGUGGCCAACGGUUCGGCCACGACGCCGGCUUUGGUCGCAACCGCAGCAUCUGCGGCGGCGAACGGCAUUCUGGCCACUGCCACGCAAGCACAAAACCAUCAUGAGCAUCAUCACAGCGGCGGCGCCGGCGCCAGCAGCAGCUCGAGCAAUAGUAAUCAUCAUCAUCACCACCAUCAUAGUAACAGCAGUGGCAGCAGCAACCACAACAAUAAUAACGGCAGCGCAGGAGGAAAGGACAACAGUACGAAUGACAGCGCAACGGCCGCGUCGUCAGCGACGUCUUCCGCUGCAGGGCCAGCGUCAGGUGCGUCAGUGACUGCGUCCACGGGCUAUGUCUCCCCGGCGUCGUCAGCGGGCAAACAGUCGUCGGCAUCAGCAGCCAGCGCGGCCACAACAGGUGCACCAAUCACUACUUGUUCUACUUCCGUCUCAGCUCUUUCCGCUGCUAUGACUGCGAAUUUGGCGACACAGCACCAUCAACAACAACAGCAGUCGGGGGCGGCAGCAUUCCCUUCUUCUUCUUCUGCUUCUUACUCUUCUUCCGCCUCCUCUUCUUCUGAUGGUGUCGAUGCUGACGGUUGUUGUGGUGCCACCUCCAAUGGUCACGCUGGUGGUUCAAGGAACCAUCGACGCAGCAUGGACAAGGAUAACAAGCAUCGCAACAACAAGGGCGACGCCGCUGCUGAUAAUGAGCACAACAAUGGGUCGCGGCAUGGGGGUAAAAAUAGCAGUUCCCAGGCCGAUGGAGGCGCUGCCACAGCAACCACAAGCGCCACAUUAACUAAUAGUAAGGAUAAGGAUAAGGAGAAGUCAGACUGGGAUAGUAGUGGCAGCAACUAUCCACAACAGCAGCAGGGCGGGAAGGAAAACAAGCACGAUAAAAAGGCGGGUUAUGCGACAGUACCCAAUGGAAGUGCUAAUCAUCUAGAAGCCGACGAAACGGGCAGUGCGGAGCCAGCACCUCCGGCUGAAAAAGCGCCCAAAGGGCGACGCAAUCGCGGCAAAAAGGACAACAACGCAGCCAAGGACAAUCACAGCCAUCAGCAUCAGCUGGCUCAACAGCAGCAAAAGGAUAAGGACAAGGAGAACACAGCCAAUAACAACAACAACGAUGCCAGCUCUGUAUCUUCAUCGGCCAGUUCCACCUCGAGCAACAACGCUAUCGCGCACAUUGCCAGCAAGGUUGUAUCCAAGAUUUGUGAAACAUGCAUCAAACUGGAAGCCGAUGUGAAGAAGUAUCGCGCCGAAAUCAGCCAUAUGAAGCAAAUCGAAAACGAGCUGCGCCAGAAGCUGGACGCCAAUUUGACCAGUAAGUCAACGCUGCAGGCCAAACAGAAGGAGUGCGACGAAUUGGAAAAACGUAUCCAGGAGCUGAACAAUGCCCGUCACUCGGACAUGCUGAACUUGCAGACGGUGGAGAGGCGACUCAACGAGGAACGCCGCCAGAAGCAAUCACUGGACGCUCAACUGGCGAACGAGAAAAAGGCGCGCAAGGUGGCCGAGGAGAAGGCAGCACGCCCCGAGUGCAGCACUCAAUGCAAGCAACGGCGUCAACAGAUGGACGAUGAACAGAAGCGGCUGCGUGGAGAGCUCAAGCAGACGGAGGAAGCCAAACAGUUGGCUGUGGAACACGGACGGAAAUAUGAACAAGAGUACCGCAUGCUGGAGGCGAAGCUACGAAGCCGCGAAUCCUCUCAAACCGAUUCAGAAAUGUUGCUGAGUGCCAUUGCCGCCAUGCAGGACAAGAAUGCAACGCUCGAGAAGAAUCUAUCCGCAGAGACGAGAGUCAAGCUGGACUUGUUCUCGGCUCUGGGCGCUGCCAAGCGCCAGAUCGAAAUAUCUGACAACCAUCGUCGCUCCAAAGAGGAUGAGGUCAUUGAUCUCAAGGCCAAGAUUGCCCAACUGCUGGCCGUGAUGCCGGACAAUUUGUGUAUGAACACUGGCCCACAUGGACCGGCCAGUAGCAUUCUACGCAUGAAUGACACGCCACCACUGCAGUCGGGUCCCGGACCGUCCUCGCCUAUGCUCAGCCUGAGCGCUGCCGCCCAGGAGUAUCAUCAGCAGCAACAACAGCAGCAGCAUCAACAGCAGCAGCAUCAACAGCAGCAGCAUCAACAGCAGCAGCAUCAACAACAGCAGCAUCAACAACAGCAGCACCAACAGCAGCAACAUCAACAACAACAGCAUCAACAUCAUUUUGCCGUCUCCCAACAGCAGCAGCAGAUGGUGCCAGUUAGUGUGGCGGCCGCAUUUCAGGUGGCUGCGGCAAAUGCUGCCGCUGCUGCUGCAAACGGAAACAACGGCUCCACUCUGGACCCCAAUGCAAGUGUGUACACGCCCAAGACGGGCAAUAUGAUGGUGGUGUCGCCGGUGGGCAUGAACCCAAAUGGAACGGAUGCCUGACGCCAACAGCAGACGCAGUCCUCGUCGUCGUCGUCGUCGUCGUCCUCGCACCUGCAUCUGAGACGACAAGUUUGAGAUUAUUAUACUUUAUAUUAAUUAGGGAAAACAACAACCACAAACAGCCGUCGCCACAGCAAACGAUGAGCAGCAGAAACAGCAGUUUGCUUACAAUAUCUGAAUGUCCGUAAUAUAAAUAAGCAGUCUCCUCCUUUCAAAUUUCAACAGCACUGAAAUGCAGGCCCCACAAAAAUUUCUAAACAAUUCCCUUCGUAUGUUUUACGUUCGAUGUCCUACGUCCUACGUAUUACGUUUCACAAGUUUCCUAAUCCUCAUUUCCGCAUCAAAUUUGGCAUUCCAAUAGAAGUAUAUCUUGAAGAAGGCCUUCCGCUACGAUUGUUUUGAGUGAGCUGACCAGCCACCACUCGAUAACACACCAUACCACCCCACACCACACACAUUCAGUAUCUCUCCCUUCUAUCACGAAAAGUAAAAGAUUACUUUAACAAGAUGAUUUGAAAACUUGAAUCACGAAACACAAAUUUCUAAAAAUAAUAACAAAUUGAAAAUGGCGAUUCGUAUUUUUAAUUGAAUAAGUUAGAGAGGAACCUUCCGAAAUCCCAUGUUUUUCAUUUUUACCAAACGCUGUGAGAGAGUUGGACCAACCUUAGUGAUGGCCUUUGAUCUGGGGGGAUGCCCCCGAUUCAAUGGAAUAUAUAUUUUUGAAGUCUGCGCCCUUGAUUUAUUAUCUCAUUAAAUUAUUUUUGUUAUAAAACCUUAAAUGUAUGCUAUAAUUUAGAACCUAUCACUUUUGAAAAACAAACAAGCUGCAAACGAAA